AUGCGUCAGAUAGAUCUCGACGCGCAAGUGCACACCAACGCCCUGGUUUUAGAGUACUUGUUGCAACCUGAAAAUGUUGCCGUGCCUGCGCCACACCGACGCGACAUCGAUUUGUCUGAUGCGGAGCGGCUGCUUACCAUGGUAACAAGCAUGACCCCGCCCGUUCGCGUCAUCCUAGACGUUGGCGCCCAGAUUCUGGAACUUGACAACAUCAGCGUCGCGCGGAAGUGGCUGUCAAUGCUCAGGAAUGAUAACGCGAUACAAGCAGCCGUCUUUGUUGACAAAGAGGACCAGAUCUGCGUCCUCGAUCGGAAAGGGCAUGUUGCCCUGCUACACGCAUCACCAUUUGCAACCCAGCUUGGCAGUUGCGUCGUUUUCCUGGACGAAGCCCACACUCGCGGAAUCGACUUGGUGCUACCACAAUACUACCGAGCAGCCGUUACACUCGGCGCGAACUUAACAAAAGACAGGCUCGUUCAAGCCUGUAUGCGGAUGAGAAGGCUAGGCCACGGGCAGUCUGUCGUCUUUUGCGUCCCAAGUGAGAUUUGCUCCAAGAUGAACACGGACAACCCCACCGUCGCAGACAUUCUGUUGUGGGUAAUCCGAGGCACGUGGGAAGAUGCAGCACGCAGCGUCCCUCUGUGGGCUGCGCAGGGACGGCGGCAUGGCUGGCAGAGAAAGAUCUGGGAAGACGCGCAGACUGAAGACGGUGCGGUUCGGAUGACCGAGGCGCACGCCCGCAGACUUUUGGAAGAGGAGGCCAUGUCCAUACGCGAUCGCUAUCAGCCCCGCACCGCGGUCGCGCCGCUGGCAGAGGACGAUCCCAUCAGCCAGCGGUUCCGUGUGUUCAAGCGGAUGGAUCAGUUCUCGGCGGCGCUGAGUGAGGAACAAGAGCGUGAGCUCUCGCCGGAAGUUGAACGUGAGCGGCAGAUUCAGAAGGCGCCUCCCGCAAAACCUGCCGCCCACUGCUUGCACCCAGAUAUCAUCGCUUUCGUUGCCACCGGACUCAUUGCGGCAAACUCGUCAGCACAUAUGCCAGCAUAUACUUCGCUCUCGACAACAGCUGCCGCACAAUGUAUGGACUUACAAAAAUGCCCACGCAAUGUCUAUGUAUCUCGGGAUUUUGCCAUAACUGUCGAGGGCGGAGGUUCAGACUGCACGCAACGCCAAGUGCAAUGGGUCUUGCUGAGCAUGCUGCAGUCGUCGAUGGGCGCAAUUGACAAGAUGAUCAUCAUCAGUCCAUUUGAAGCGCAGGAACUGUUGCCAUCGAUCCAAAAAUCUGCGCACGCUGCAUUGUGCCUGUACUCACCCAGACCCAACAAAGGCUACCAUGCUUUGGAUGGCUUAGACCUGUACACUGUGCCAGAGCAACCGGCUUUGGCCGUCCCACCACAACUUAUUACCGAAUUAACCGUAUUUGCUGGCGAGCUUUACUUCAGCUCGUUUGCAGAAUGUGUUCGCGUCUGCUAUUAUUUUGGCAUUAACAUAUCGGGUAUUCACGAACAACAAAAAGAGUGUAUUGACGCAAACAGCAUCUUUUACAGCCCGUCGAGCUGCUUCGCUACAAGUCCAGUCAAAUUCUUGCAAGUCUUCCUGUCUCAAGUUCGCAGGGGCUGUGGCGGUAUUGGGAAGACGCACAUGGGCUUCAUUCUAGAAUACCGAUAUCCGAAGGACUUGUGA